UCCCCAUUCCCCAUUCCUUCACUGUGACAAAACAAAACAGAAAAAUAGAGGAAUCAAAUGCUAAUAGACCAGAACAUGCUUUCCCCAAAUGGCAACUGCCUCCACUUCUUCCCAGAAGAAAAAUCAGCGCACUCUUAGAAUUUUUAUAUUGCUGCUUUUGUUUCUCUUCACCUUAUUCAUCCUCAGCAGGGACGCUCUUGAACCCCAGUUGUCAAUCUACAGAGAUCUGUUUGUACAAACCCGUCCUCCCUCUUCCCUGAAUUUACCUUUAAGAUCUACCGAGACACUCAUUUCAGCAGAUCCUGAACUUGAUGAUAAUGCAGUAGCUUUGAUUGGUAAAAAUGGCCUAAAUACGUCUCCUGAGAAUCCCAUUUCAUCAAAAGUGAAUCUUGAGGAUGAAACUAGUGCAAAUUUAUCGCUUGCUGAUGGUAAUGAUGCUUCUUUGGAUGCACCUGCUUCAUCAAAAUCGAAUCUUGAUGGUGAAUUUCAUGAGAAAUCAACAACUAAGGAGCACCCUACAUCCUCAAAAUCUGAUUUUGGUGACAAGGACACCGGAAAAGAAGCACCGGUUGACGGUAAGGAGACAUCUUCUGAGGGACUCUUUUCAUCGGAUUCUGGAAAUGAUAAUGAAGUCAGAAAGGACUCCACUUCAAGUUCUCAAUCUGAUGAUGAUUUAAGCAACACAAAAAGGGAAAAAGAAGGGCCAGUUUCUGAAAUUUAUAGUGAAGAUUUUGCAUUGUGGAAAGGUUGUGAUUUUUACAAGGGAAAAUGGGUGAAAGAUGAGCAGUACCCAAUAUAUAGACCAGGAUCUUGUCCUUACGUUGAUGAGGCUUUUGAUUGUCAAAGUAAUGGAAGGCCAGACUCUGAGUAUUUAAAGUGGAGAUGGAAGCCAGAUGGAUGUGAUUUGCCAAGAUUUAAUGCAACAGAUUUUUUGGUUAGAUUAAGAGGAAAGAGGCUGAUGCUGGUUGGUGACUCCAUGAACAGAAACCAAUUUGAAUCACUUCUUUGCAUUUUGCGUGAAGGCUUACAUAAUAAAAGCAAAAUGUAUGAAGUUCAUGGAUACAAAAUAACAAAGGGGAGAGGCUAUUACAUCUUCAAAUUUGAGGACUAUAACUGCACAGUGGAAUUUGUACGAUCUCAUUUCCUUGUCAAGGAAGGAAUUCGUAUCAAUGCACAAGGAAACUCAAAUCCAACUCUGUCAAUAGACCGCAUAGACAAGUCAGCUGGCCGAUGGAAGCGAGCUGACAUUCUUGUCUUCAAUACUGCUCAUUGGUGGACUCAUGGGAAGACUGCUAGAGGGCAAAAUUAUUACAAAGAGGGGAACUACAUCUAUCCUAAAUUUGAUGCUGUGGAGGCUUAUAGAAGAGCUAUAAAGACAUGGUCAAAGUGGGUUGACAAUAACAUGAAGAGAGGAAAGCUGAUCUUUUAUCGUGGGUACUCAUCCGCUCAUUUCAGAGGCGGAGAUUGGGAUUCUGGUGGAACAUGUAUACGGGAGACGGAACCUGUUGUAACUGGGAGUAUCCUAGAUAGCUACCCCUUAAAAAUGAAGAUAGUGGAGGAAGUGAUCCAGGAAAUGAAAGUCCCGGUGUGUCUCCUGAAUAUAACGAGAUUAACAAACUUUAGGAAAGAUGGCCACCCAUCCGUGUAUGGUAAGAAUGUCACUGGUGGACGAAAGGUCUCCGCCAAAAGGCAAGAUUGCAGCCAUUGGUGUCUUCCUGGGGUACCCGACGCCUGGAAUGAACUAAUUUAUGCAACUUUAGUUACUGGACAAGGUUCUUUGAUGAAACAUUAUUGACACCCUUUAUGCUUUGUACACUUGAUAUUUUUCGUGUAAAGAAAUUGAGCCAGAAAUUCUCUCGCGGGGCUUAGAAAACUGGGAACCAUAGACGCCCCUCCGAGAUAGAGUUUUGUUAUCCCUGUCAAUAUGGCUGGUUACGAUCACCUGGUGACACCUUUAUGGAUGGAGAAUCAUGUACCAACAGCCAUGUACAAUAGUCUUUAGCGUGCAAAUGAAAACAAGCUAGAUUCUGUAAUUUA